AUGAUCUUCAGCCGCAUGUUCGCUGCUGCGGUCCUCGCGACCACGAGCCUCGCAGCUUCAUUGGCACCAAGAGCUGUGAAGCCUUGGUCCAACUUCAACAAUAACGCUAUAUUCAAACCCAAGAAGGAAGCUACUAGCUGGCGUACCCUUUACGGCCGAACUCUGCAGCUACCCGACAAGUCACUUCUUCUGUCCUGGGAGGAUUACGAUCCUGAUGUGGAAUUGACCUACUUCCCUAUCUACAAGUCUACAGAUGGUGGUGCAACAUACAAGCCCUUUGCUAGGGUUGAGGAUCAGGUCAACGGCUGGGGCAAUUGGUACCAGCCUUUUCUCUACGCCUUGCCGCAGGACUUUGGCGGGUACCGCAAAGGCACAAUUCUGCUCGCCGGCGUCUCUACUCCUCGCAAUCUGACCGAAGCCUACAUCGACCUUUAUGCUAGUGAGAAUCAGGGUAAAGACUGGGAGUUUGUCAGCCAUAUUGUUUACGGCCCUGGACCUGAGACUAUCAGCCAGGGCGAUCAAGCCGUUUGGGAGCCAUUUCUUAUGAUGCACAAGGGCCAGCUUGUUUGUUAUUAUUCUACCCAAGUCGACCCCAAGUUUAAUCAGAAACUCUCCCACAAGACAACCAAGAAUCUACGCAAGUGGAGCAAGGCUGUUGACGAUGUCGCUUUUCCUAACCCUGAUCAACGUCCUGGCAUGGCAACUGUCGCCUAUAGCCCUAUCUCCAAGAAAUACGUUAUGACGUUUGAGUACUGCGGUGGGCCUCUUACCGGUGGUUGCCCUGUUUACUACAAGGUAUCCCAAGACCCUCUUGACUUUGGAUCCGCUACCGCGCAACCUAUCAUUCCUAAUGACGGACAACUGAACCCUAACGGCAGUCCAUUUGUAAUUUGGACCCCUGAACCCGGAAAGGAGGGCAUGGGAAUCUUCAUUGCCAAUGGCAACAGCCGGGAGGAAGUCUUUGUUAACACAGAUGCUGUUGACCCUAAGGGUUGGAAGCCGGUUAAUGUCGGGCAGUGGUCAGCUUAUUCGCGCGAGCUUCGUAUUAUUGAGACUCCUGAUAGGAGUGCUGCUGAGGGAGAGCCCAAGCUCCUUAUUACAAAUGGCGGAAAUAUCGGUUGCGCAGGAGACUGCUAUAACUAUGUUGCAGACGGACUCGUGGAUAUUCCUAAUUAUCCCCCGAAGUGA